AUGGACCAUAACAUCCAGGAGUCAGAGGCUGCGGGCCGGAAGCGCAGUCACGACGAGUUUGCCACCGACCUAUUAAAGACAGAGGAGGGCUCUGCCGCAAAGUCGGCAUUUCCAGGCACCGUCCGCCCGAGUGCAGACUCCUUGCUCGCACCCAUUUCCGGCAACCUCAUCCAAUCUUCACCACACGGGUCGCCAGCCCUGACGGACACGGGUAGCAGCACGCCUGUGCGAAACUCGCCUUCUCCUCUGACUCCAACAAAGACGGCAUCCGCCACCAUACCGAAAAAGAACACACCUUCCACCUCGCUCUCAACGGCCGCCUCUGCCAAGCCCGCGACCAAGUCCAAGAAGCUGACACCAGAGGAAAAGGCCGCUCGCGAAAAGGAAGCCGCCGAGCGCAAGAAGGAGAAAGAGCAGCAGGCUGCUCUGAAAGCCGUCGAAAAGGCCAAGCUGGACGAAGAGCGGGCUGCCAAGGCCGCCAUCAAGGCCGUGGAGCAGGCAAAGCUGGAGGAGGAAAAGGCGGCUCGCGCCAAGGAGAGGGAGGAGAAGCGCAAGAAGAAGGAAGCGGAGGAUCGCGUCAAAGCCGAGAAGAAGCGCCAAAAAGAAGAGGAGAAGAAGCGAGUGCAGGAGGAGUUGGAGAAGAAGGAGCGGCAGCAGAUGCGCCUCAACUUCUUUGUCAGUUCAAAGAAACCGGAUGCCUCCCAAGGCACCAAGUCGGCAAGCCCGGAGAAACCAGCUGUCGCCGAUUCGAGGCCGCCGCUAUCCGCCUACGAGAAGCUAUUCCGACCGUUCUACGUCAGAGAAAAUACUCGGUGGACUCCUUCGGCGUCGCUGAUGGACGAAGAGACACGAGACGCCAAGUCUCGUAUCCUGGAUGAGUACAUUGCCGGGCAACGAGAACACGAUUGCAAAGCGGGCGCGUUCGAUUCCGUUGAACUCUUGUCUCUCCCCUCAAAGCCUCCUCGUCGCGGAAGGUUGCACCAUCCCGUCAGACAUAUCAUGGAGAAGUCCUUCAAGGAGGCAGAGAAGACUGGAAUCACAGGAGCCUCUGCAGGCAACGCAUUGGAAACCGUUCGAAAACAGCUUUCGAAGGUGCCCAUGAAGGUGAUUGCCUUCUCUCAAGACGUUCGUCCCGCAUACUACGGAACUGUCACCUUCAAGCCUUUCGCUAUGGGAUCCGGCAACAUGCACAGAUUGGCACGCAGAACGACCGACCGACGCUUGCCACUCGACUACGACUAUGACUCGGAAGCCGAGUGGCAGGACGAAGAGGGCGAAGACGUCGACAUGGACGACGACGAAGAGGAACUGGAUGACGAGGACGACAUGGACGGAUUCCUCGACGAUUCCGAGGAUGCGGGUCUCGCGCGACGAGUCUUUGCGAACACGAUGGAGCCCGAGAGCACUGGAAUUUGUUUUGAGAACCAUUAUCGGCUUGGACCGAACCGGUCGGUGUACGAGCACAAGAUGGAGUUUAUGCAUGAGGGCCUUUCGCAGACCUGGGGCAUUGAUCCCUGGUCAGGCCAGUACUGGGAGACUGAGCAGAAGGGCAAAGCCGGCAAAGGCACACAGCCGAGCGAAAGCUCCGGCAAAAUGGCACCUCCGCCCACACCCGCAAACGCUUUUGCUGCCCUUGGCGCAAAUGCUGGCACAGCAACCGCACCAGUGAAGUUGGUAAAGACGGAGCUUCUGAACGACGUUAAGCGUGCAAUCCUUGACAACAAGGCUCUUUCCAAGGCUGGUACUGUCGACUUCAUCUUUCAUCAGCUUCGCGGAAACGUGUCUCGUGCCGAGGUCAAGAACACGAUUGAGUUGGUCGCAGAGAAGACGGGAGCAGGUCGAACCAAGGAAUGGAGCCUGAGACCUGGUCAUGAAAUCAGCCUUUAG